CAACCUAAGUCAAAGUUUCUCGGAAUCGUGGAUGUUUAGAUAUUUUCGCUUGGAACUGCAUUUCACUCUCAUGAGGGGAUAGCAUUUAUUCGCACGCGCUUUCAGACCUGAGCGAGAUGCCCGAAGAAGCCGCGCGAGACUCAUCCAGCUCCCCGGUAUCUCCAGCGGACAGCCUCAGCAACAGCAACAGCGACGGAGAGCACGAAAGGCCACCGAAAAGGUGCGCGAGGAAAAGACGGUCGAGCAGGAAAAACGGGGAGGAUUCCGAUAGUUCGACCCUUGGGAAAAGGGGGAAGAAGUCCAGCAAUAGCAGCAGCAGUCCUCAGUCGUUUGAAGACCUGCAGACUCAGCGUGUGAUGGCGAACGUGCGCGAGCGACAGAGAACGCAGUCGUUAAACGAAGCGUUUGCAUCGUUGCGCAAAAUCAUCCCCACCUUGCCGUCCGAUAAACUGAGCAAAAUACAGACGCUCAAACUGGCCUCCAGGUACAUCGAUUUCCUCUGUCAGGUUUUACAGAGUGACGAGCUGGACUCCAAGAUGGCAAGCUGUAGUUAUGUUGCUCACGAGCGCUUGAGUUACGCGUUCUCGGUUUGGAGGAUGGAGGGCGCCUGGUCCAUGUCUGCAUCUCACUAGUGUGCAGGGAAACUUUUUGGAGUGCAAAUGGUGAAGUUCACGCACUGGUAAACACUCGUGGAGCAGUUGUGGAUAUGCGCAUUCCUUCAGAUUCAUGGGGGAAAAUGGCAAACGUUCAACAGAGGUCAUGGCUUUUAUCUCGUGAAGGCCACGGACAGAGGACUGUUGCACGUGCGCUGCAUAUGGACUUCUUCGCAAGUGUUAUUAUUGACGACGAAUGUUGGAAAGGUGUGCUUAUGCAUGAUUUUUUAUGAAUUUUAUAAAACACUCGGUCGUGCAAAGCUUUCUUGGAGAAAGUGAAAUUGCAUCACAAGGACUCAGAAAAUGGGAAAUUAAGCCUCUAGUUCUUUUCCUGUGUAAAAUAUAAAGUUUUAGUACAAGUCUAUUUAUUUAUUGAUGACACAAUUAUUAAAAUGAAGGCAAAUGUAUUCUGUGUCAAAAUGCAUUCUUAUUUUUUGCUACUUUUGUACAUAAAUAUGUCUUUGUGUAAUAAAGAUGAAGAAUUUAAAAAUUAA